AUGUUACCUGAUGUUUUCCGUGGUCCUUGGGGAGGAAGCCACUGCCGUGAUUCUCCGGUGCAAACAAUUCGAAAGUGCUCCUGUUCCUCAGGAACCUGCCACGCAAACGACCAGUACAUUGAGCAAUUCAAGGACACACUCCAGACUUGUGUUCCAAACAAAGUUGCUGCAUUUAUUGCUGAGCCAAUUCAAGGCGUAAAUGGAGCUGUUCAGUUUCCCAAAGGAUUCCUAAAGGAGGCUUAUCGGUUGGUGCGUGAAAGGGGAGGUCUCUGCAUAGCAGAUGAGGUUCAGACUGGAUUUGGUCGAACGGGCAGUCAUUUCUGGGGAUUUCAAGGUCACGAUGUCAUUCCAGACAUAGUUACCAUGGCCAAAGGAAUUGGUAACGGCUUUCCCAUGGCGGCAGUUGUGACCACAGCAGAAAUUGCACAUAGUUUGACAGAGAACCUCCAUUUCAACACAUUUGGAGGCAAUCCUGUGGCAUGUGCAGUUGGAUCUGCGGUCCUGGAUGCAAUAGCAGAAGAUGGCUUGCAGAAAAAUUGCCAAGAGAUUGGAACUCACUUGCUCUUAGAGUUUGCAAAGCUGCGGGAUAAGUUUGAAAUUAUUGGAGAUGUUCGUGGCAAAGGACUUAUGAUUGGGAUAGAGAUGGUCAAGAAUAAGGAAACUCGCCAGCCACUUCCAGCUGAAGAGAUGGACCAGAUUUGGGAAGACUGCAAAGAUAUGGGGUUGCUGAUUGGCAAAGGAGGGAUAUAUUCACAGACAUUUAGAAUUAAACCUCCGAUGUGCAUUACUAAGGAAGAUGCGGAUUUUGCAGUGGCCGUCUUCCAUGAAGCCUUAAUAAGACGUAUGGAAAGAACAACAGCUGAAAAAUAG